UCCCCAUCAGAUUCAGAUUUCGAGCGCGCGCUCCUGCUCCCGGAUCGACCCGCGACCCGCGGCGCCUACACGGCAGCCCACCAGCCGCCGCACCGCACUUGCUCGUAGUCGCUCGUGGUCGACCUUGACCCCGUCGAGGAUGGUGCCCGGCGGCGACCUGGGCAGCCUCGCCGCCGUCGUGGCCGCGGUGACCGCGUGCAUGGCCUACGCCCGCUUCGCCGCGCGCCGGCUCCGCCCGGGCCUGCCACGCCUCGCCGCGCUCCUCCCGGUGCUCGCCGUCCUCCCCCUGCCCCCGCUCGCGUUCCGCGCGCUCCACCCGCGCGCCAUCUCCGCCUUCUUCCUCGCCUGGGUCGCCGAGUUCAGGCUCCUGCUCCUCGCCUCCGGGCAGGGCCCGCUCCACCCGUCCCUCCCGCUGCCGGCCUUCGCCGCCGUCGCCACGCUCCCCGUCACGCUGCGGGACCCCAGGGCCGCGAGGCGCCCGGGCCUCGGGCUCGCCGAGUCAGCCGCCAUGGCCGCGCUGCUCGCGGCGGUCGUGUCGCUGUACCGGCACCAGGAGCGGAUGCACCGGUACGCCCUCCUCGCGCUCUACUCCGUGCACGUGUACCUCGCGCUGGAGCUCGUCCUGGCGGCGGCCGCGGCGGCGGCGCGCGCGACGCUGGGCCUGGACCUGGAGCCGCAGUUCGACCGGCCCUACCUGUCGGCGUCGCUGCGGGACUUCUGGGGCCGGCGGUGGAACCUCUCCGUAUCGGCGCUGCUCCGGCAGUGCGUGUUCCGCCCCGUGCGCGCGCGCCUCGGCGCCCCCGCGGGGGUGCUGGCGGCGUUCGCCGUGUCCGGCCUGAUGCACGAGGCCAUGUUCUCGUACAUCACGCUGCGCCCGCCCACGGGGGAGGCGGCCGCCUUCUUCGCGCUGCACGGGGCGUGCGCGGUGGCGGAGGAGUGGUGGGCCGCGCGCGGGCGGUGGCCGCGCCCGCCGCGCGCGCUGGCCACGCCGCUCACGCUGGCGUUCGUGGGCGUGACGGGAUUCUGGCUCUUCUUCCCGCCCAUCACGCGCCCCGGCGCCGACAAGCAGGCGAUCGCCGAGAGCGAGGCGAUGGUCGCGUUCCUGCGGGACGCCGCGGGACGGGCGGCCGCCUCCGCCCGGUCAGUCUUGUUCGGCCGCUCGUAGGUCGGUGGCUGGCCGUGUGCAUUUGGAUCAACAAGACACCAUGCUGGUGCUACUGUUAUCUAUGAGAGAAAACUGAAACCGAAUCGGCCAAAAUCUCCUGGUUGCCGAUUCGGAUCAGGGGCUGUUCUAGUUUUGGCAAUAUAAAUCUUUCGUGCUGUGCAUUUCCCGGCCAAUCACGAGCACCACUUCAUACGCAA